GGAAGCAGCAGCAGCGCGCAGAGCCACCUGGCCUUUCCUCCGCCUAGGACCCGGAGGGAGAUUUCUCCGCUUCGGGGGGAGCUGCCCGAGGAUCUCAGCCCCUCCCCCAGUCCGAGUGUCUCCCCCUGGCACAGGGGCAGCUGGCCCAGCAGCAGGUGCUGCUAAUGCUGAGUCGGCAGCGACGGAGCUGCUCUACCGACACGGCUAUGUGAACGAAGAGAAAGAGGUGGAGGGACCAGGGCAUGAAGCCGCUGCUGAGGGGACUUGUGGCGCCCUCACUGAGCUUGGAGAGGAAGAGUCUCCCAGCCCGCUACCCGUACCAGUCUCCAUCCAGGACAUUCUGCAGGAAGGGGGCGCGGCUGCUGCGAUUCCCACCUAAUCCUCCGGGCCGUGCAAGGUGCUGAGGGGCAGGAUCCGUUGUGGGGGCCGAGGUUUGCGCUGCCCUUGUCCUGCCCGCCCAGGAGGAGGGAGGUGUGAGGGUUGGGCCUGGCCUGGUGCUGACCUAAGAAGGGGCUGCCCAUAGCAUCCUUGGGCCUGGUUCUCGCCUCGGCCCCCGAGGAGGCGUCGGUGUCUCUCCCUGCCACAAUGAAGCUGCUGAGACUCCUGUGCCGCCACAAGACAGCGCUGGGCCUGGGUGGCCUGGCGCUCUUCGCUGUGGUCCUGCUCUACCUGGCCAAGUGCACCUCAGAGAGCCUCAGGCCCUUGCCAGGUCGGGGUCUGCCCCACAACCAGGCACCGCAGCCACCCCGCGGUGGAGUGGGAGCCGGGCCGCCCCUCCCGGCAGCCCCGCUACCCCCUGAGGAGACGGCUUUCCUGGCUGUCCUCAUCGCCAGCGGCCCCAAGUAUACGGAGCGCCGCAGUAUCAUCCGCAGCACCUGGCUCUCGAUGGCUGGCCGGCCCCCUCAGGACGACAUCUGGUGUCGUUUCGUGAUAGGCACAGGCAGCCUGGCUGGGGAGGAGCUUCACAGCUUAGAGUUGGAGCAGAGCCGUCACCGGGACCUGCUGUUGCUGCCUGAGCUUCGUGAUUCCUAUGAGAACCUGACUGCCAAGGUCCUGGCAAUGUAUGUCUGGCUUGAUCUGCACUUGGAUUUCCGCUUUGUCCUCAAGGCUGAUGAUGACACCUUUGUACGCCUGGACGUACUCGUGGAAGAGCUGAGGGCCAAGGAGCCACGUCGUCUCUACUGGGGUUUCUUUUCUGGCCGUGGUCGAGUGAAGUCGGGUGGCAAAUGGAAAGAGAGCACCUGGCUCCUAUGUGACUACUACCUGCCUUACGCCCUGGGUGGUGGCUAUGUGCUCUCUGCAGACCUGGUGCAUUACCUGCGACUCAGCCAAGACUAUUUCAACAUGUGGCAGAGUGAAGAUGUGUCUCUGGGCGCUUGGCUGGCUCCUGUUGAUGUGAAGAGGGUGCAUGACCCACGUUUUGACACUGAAUACAAGUCACGGGGCUGCAACAAUAAGUAUAUUGUCACUCACAAGCAGAGCAUUGAGGACAUGUUAGAGAAGCAUCAGACUUUGGCCAAAGAAGGGAAGCUCUGCAAGGAGGAGGUUAAGCUCAGGCUAUCCUACAUGUAUGACUGGGGAGUGCCUCCUUCACAGUGUUGCCAAAGGAAAGAUGGCAUCCCCUGAAAGUUUUGGAAAAAGGAAGGGCAAAGUAUCAAAGGGGAACUCUCUGGGCUGGAUCAGUGUCAUAUGGGGACACCCCCUGUAUGUAAGGCUUAAAAAUUAUUUCGAGAUUUUGCACGAUUCAUGUAUCAAGACUGUGUGCAGGACCAACAUAGCACCAUAAUUCAUAAAAGCUACUGAAGUGCUGUGAUUUGUCUACAGAUACACAAAACACAGGAAUAAAGGGGAAAAGUGUGGGAAAGGUUAUGCGAUGGAACUUAGUGCAAAGGGGGGGAAAAAGCAAACUUUUUUUUAAAUAACUUGGAUGCAGAGCAGGUUGGAAGAUGUGUCCCAGAUUCCAAAGUUUGUUUAAGAACAUGUCAUGCCUUCACACCAUCCCCGAGAUUGUGAAAAUAAUGUCUGCUGUUUAAUUUUUGCAGGGAAAAAGUGUCAUUUUGGCCAACCAUAUUGGCAAGUUUUGAAGACUGUAAUAAAGAGAGAGCAAAUCAGUUGCUAAUGCCAGUGGAAGCAGAUGGCUGGUUAGAACCACUGGCCUGGCAUCUAAAUGAAGGGAAGCGUUUGUCAGAUAUUUGCACUGGUUACUUUAUACUCUCGCUGAGGGAGGGGAGGGUGUGUCCAGUCUUUAGAAAGUGUUCUGAUUUAAUUAUAAUAGGUCUUGGGUAAUAUCCCUGAAUUUAAAUCUUCAAUCAUUUUUUUUAAAUGGCUUAUGAUAUACUAUGUAAUCUGGAUUAUCUGGCAGCUACUAAAUGGGUCUGUAUUUGGAAAAGCGUAUGUUUUAUGCCAUAUUGCAGUAUUAGGAUAGGUUCUCAACUAUCUUGAUUUGGAAGUAAACAUUUAUGCUACAAACCUAGCACUCAGUUAUUGGGAUUAGAAGCUGUGCUUGUAUUCUCCAAGUGCAUUGUGUACAAAGAAAUCUUAAUUUCCUAAUUUUUACAAAAAAGAUCACAUUGAGAAGUAUAUGAUCUAAUUAUGCAAACACUAGGACUACUUACAUCAGUAAGGAUUACCUAUGUGAGUAAGAGUUAGCAGGAUUGGACCUAUAAUGUCUCAAAUCGGAAGUACAAAACUUUAUCAAGUUAUCUGGACUAGAUUUUUAAAGUAAUAAUUCUGUGUUCAAAAAAAAAAAUCGGAAGAAUAGGUUACUUUAGUUGCUAAUAUGGUAUGUAAAUGACUGGGAUUUAUUUUUUCACUUCUCUAUAGUCCUGUCUACACUACAAAUGAAUCCAUUGCUGACAAGGGUUAUCAGGCAUGUUUGGUGUUUAACUGAGAGUAUAAAUGGGCCACUUUUAGCACAGUGACAGAAUGCAUUACACUCUCAAAUAAUUCUAGCACAUUUUCUGUGCAGACUUUUAGUUGUGUGACUCUGAAUAAUCCUGACAUCCCAUAAUGGUGUUGAAAAUGGUUCCAUCUGUGCACACAAUUACACCUUUGUCCACACUGGUUCGGGGGACUCCCUUCUGAAAACCCUUGUCAGCAACAGAUCUCUUGUCUAGUAAAGACUCCGCUUUAAAGUUGAUGCCUAAAGGGCAUGUUCACAGUCUUCAGUCUUUCUUACGGUUUGUUGCACAGGGCACUUCAUACUAUUAUUAUUUCUUUCUCUCACUGGACGGUACACCUCUUUCUCUUACCUGUGGAGGGAGACUUCAACUUUAAAUAAUAAGAGUUGGUGCUGACAUCAUAACAUUUUUGCUUUUCAGACCCGAUUUAGUAAUUUAUUCCAAAGGAAUCAAGUGUAUUUAUUUUCUCUUCAUUAAAAUCCACUUCUUCUAUCUAGUUUUAAACAGUUGCUGGAGAGGAUUAAGUGGGAAAAAAACUCUUUUGGAAACAGGGCUUUGGAGCUCCGCUCCAGCUCCAGGCAAAAACCUGCAGCUCCACUGCUCCGGAGCUGCUCCGCGUUCCAGCUCCACGCUCCGCUCCAAAGCCCUGUUGGAAAGGAAAAUAACUCCUUAUUUACAUUAAGUGUUUCAACAAUACAUUCUGUAACUUUCCUUCUAAAAACAAAAUUAAUUAAUGAAGACAUUGAAAAAGUAACUUAUUUACUCUGAUGAAUCCAGUCUUUUGUACUUUGACAUAGUGACACUUACUGAAGAUGUGCCCUUCAGUGGAAUAUAUUCCCGCAGAACAAAAAGUUUAAGACUUCACCCGGUUGCAAGAAAUUAAAUUGGUUUCAGUAAUACUUUUAAAGUCUGUAUGUCUCUUUGGGCUAAAUUAGUAUUGUACACAUAUAAUUCAGUGUUUGUAAUUGUGAUAAUUUAUUUAUAAAUAUUAUAAAUGUACUAUGUAUUGUUAAAAGCUCAAGAUAGCGAAGUAUCAUCUUAUUUUAUAAUUAUUUAAGAAAGUGUGUUAAGUUUCACAAGUGUUAUUCGUGAAAUGCUUUAAUUUAUUGAUGUACAGUUCCUAAUUUAAAUAGUCAGGGUCUGAGUUGUAGAUCCAAAAAUCUGCUGCAUGACUCUCUUAACCUGGUAAGAUUGUACUGAUCACCCAUUUGUCUAAAUAUCAAUGUUUAUGUAAGUCAUGGGCAUUGUCGCUUCUUUGUUGUUGCUUUGUUUUGUUUUGCUUUUUGAAAGGUUUCAGAGCUUUCAUGUGAGGAUGAGAAUUUUGAGCUUCAGAAGAAUGGAAAAUUAAUUGUCAAAUCCCAUGUGACAGCUGGCCCAUAGAAAAUAUACAAAUGCGAACACACACACACACACACUGGUUAGCUUUUUUGUAGAAUACUGAGUUCUUGCUGUGCCUCUGAGUUCCAAGAAUAUGGAGCUUCCUCUUGCAAAGCACUUACUUAAACAUAUGAGUAGUCCUCUUGAUUUCACUGGGACUAUUCACGUACUUAAAUUAAAAUCAAGACCAAAGUGCUCAGCACCUUGCAGAAUUAAGUCCAUAAAUUAUUGUGGUGAAUAUAGUUCUAUUUGAAAUCUUGUUCUAGUCUAACAAAAAAUUUGAGUAACAAAGUCCUUCUGGUCUGGAAUUACCUAUGUUUUACCUCAGCUCAAAAAUUAAUUGUUUUGGAAGGUAUGACUUACGUAAGUUGAUCUAUUUUUUUUUUAUGUUCUGGAAUAUAGAAAAAAACAUUUUCCCAUAUGUUCUGAUCAGAAUAUUUAUGCUUGGAAAAACUCUAAAGUGCCUCAAGAUAAAAAAAAAUUUCAAACCUGUCUAACUUGUAAAUCUAAUUGACACUUUAAAAAUUCCAAAGUUGAAUUUUUAAUGACUGCUAUUUUGCAUGUUGGAUGUUCAGUAGAACUGGCAAAGUUUUCAAGAUCUGCAAGCCAAAUAAAUUGCAGUUCAGUGAGUUUUAAAAGUGUUUUAAGGUUGGUUCUGUUAGUCACUGGGGCAGAGAGUCUGCUGAGUUAAUAAGCAAAGAGAAUUGGUGACCCAGAAGUCAUUAUUAUAAAUCCAGGAUCAUUAUCCGCUUCACAAGCCAAAUAACUCAAGAGCUGUAUUUCUUUAAUUAGGAAGUCACAGGUAAAAAACCUACUGCUAAUGCAAUGUUAAGGUUAAAUAUCAAGUAACUUUACCCAGGCAAUGUCUUAUAUUGCUUGACUUUCAAGUGCUUGAUAUUUCAAACUUAAUUGUUGCACUAAAACAUUUUGUUUGCAUUUAAUUAUGAACCUAUAUUUUAAAAAUAGCAUUUAACAUCCCAGAUCCGGAACAGCACAUGCGCAUGCCUACACACACACACACACACACACACACACUUUUAUAAAAUACAGGGUUAAAGGACAAAUAUAUUUUAAAACAAAAUAGCUGAAAAUUGUUUUUCUGACCUUAUGACUGAGUUCUGUAUUUCUUUUACAAGGGAUGGUGACAUCACAAAAAUUUAAUGCACUAUAAGGAUUUCAUGAUUUAGAUGAUUAGACGUCCUGUACUGCUGUUUGAAAAACAAAGUGAAAUCCUGGCCCCUUUGAAGCUAAUAGGAAAGUCCAUUAUCUUCAUUGGGGCCAGGAUUUCACCCACAUGCCUAACAUCUGAUCCUAACAAGUAAAAAGUAUUUUGGCCUAUCCUUAAAGAUCCUUGUAUUGAAGUUAGUGGGAGUUUUGCCACUGAUUUUAAUAGAAGCAAGAUCAGGUCCAAAAUAUAUUCAUUUGUAAUUUUUUUAUGUCUGUGUUAAAUUAAUGAUAUGGAAUCAAACUUUUAUUAAAUAACAUUUCAGCUGACUUCUAAGGGAAUUCCUCAUUUAAAAAAAAAUGUCUGCCAUUUAUACUUGUUACUAUUAUGGUGUUAUAGAAAACGUCCACAGGACUCUUCCCUGGAAGACAAGAACAAGAUGGCUCACCUCAGUUGACCUAAACAAUUUUCUAAAUGUCAGUUGAUGUGGGCUGCAAGUCACUGUUUAUUUGAAGUAUUAUAUUAAUAUUACACUUGUGUUCUUUGCAGGGCUAUAGUAAAACUAUGGUAUUUGACAGAACAUUAAAAGCAUUUGUAACUUUUUUUUUUUUGUUAUUCACUAGAUGAUUUCUUUAAUAGUUUUCAAAUUGUACAUCUAGAAUUGUAUAUCAUCCAUGUUAGAAGCUGCAUGCUUUAAAUUAGGUCCUUCAUAAAAUCCUAUUACCAUGAUAGUGUUUCAAGUGCAAGACCGAAAGAUUUUGGUGCACCGAUUGAAUUCCUCUUGAAGUGGUCGCUCUGAUGUAAAUUCAAAUAGAAAAACAGAGAAAUUUUGCUUUCCUUCGAGUGAUUUUUAAAAUGGCAUGCAGAAUGAUUAGUGAUCUUGUUUAAUGUGUAAAAGUGAACUAGCUGAGUCGUCUUAUAUUAAAAAUUUAACAACUCAAUUAAAAAUAGUUUUGCUAUUUUAAAAAAAUAUUGCCCAGUAAGGCCUGCAACUAUUUUAGGUAAAUAGGUAACUGACUUCUAAAUGCUCUUCUUGGAGCUGUCAGAAACAGCUACCAGGAAAACAAAUACCUGUGCUUUUAAGCAUUUGAUUUCCCUGCUGUCUAAUCCUGUCUGUAUAAAGAAUGCAGAAGUUCGGCUUUAAAAUGUGCUAAUUUUGGCAGAUAUUUCCUUUUAUAUACUUUACAUCAAUUUAUUUUGGCCUUUGAACUACUGGAGGAACUACUUCAUGCCACAAUUGCAUUGAAUUUUUCCUGGCAUUAAGGUUAUUAUUUUUGUAACUUGGAUUAAGAAAAACAUUGGAAGGGGAUUAUGCUUUGCACUUCCACGCAUUUUCGAUCAACUCCAGAAUCAUAGUUGAAGUAGAAUUUAAUGUUGCUGGAUACUUGACGUAAGCUGUCGAUAGAGCAUGUAUAGAAAUGAUCAUUUAGGACAUGCUAUGCAGAGUAUUCCUGCAGAUGUUGCUUUGUAUACCUCUGUGAAAUAUCUUUAAACUAUUUCAUUCCUGGUAUGCUACUUUGCUAGUUAAUUCUUAUCUUCUAAUACAGACCACCCUCCGUUUUUAUCCAAUAUCUAGUCAGCUGUGGGAGUGCAUUAGUUUAUUUACUGGACAUUCUUGAAGCUGAAAGUUGCCGGUUAUAAAGUGUGCCUUUAGAAACAAUAAAAUAGUUGAGGUUUUGUGCCCAGUAUAGUCUAAACAAUUGACUGAAGUUGCCCGUUUUCAGCUACAAAGCAUUGCCAGUUAGAGGUCUCAGUUGUCUCUUCUUUCAGCCUUUAUAUAGAGAAGAAUGGUAAGAAACUAAAAGUACUCAUAAGCAUCUUGUAUAGUACAUGUUAUAGCUAUCCAUCUCCUUAGUUUUAUGCCUUUAUUGGCCAAUAAAUGUCUGUGUGCUAGAACUUUUAUUAAAAUGACUGUUGCUGUAGUGGUCACUUCUUGUAUAGUAUGGGAAACAAAAGUCAACUUCACUAUGACCUGUGGUUAUAUUUAAUUUUUUUUCUAUACCAUUGUGUAGUAGAGGUAUAGGCAGUUGGCUCAAUCAUGCAGUCCUUUCAUGUGCAACAUUUCCAUUGAUUUCCAUUUCCGUAAAUUAUGUAAUGUUAGCAGCGUGCCCAGAAUCCCAAAUCAGCAUCCAGGCUCCAUUUAUUAAACACAAUGCAAACAAGUCCAAAACAUAUCUCAGUGCUUACAUCAACCUUCACCCUAGGUUGUCUUUUUUUUUCUGCUUUAGCACUGCAAGAUCAGGUCCAAUGAUAUGGAUACAUUUAUACAAUAAAUAAUGUACAUAAUUUACAGAAAAUACUGAAAAAUAGUGUUUGGGUAAAUGCUGCACAUAUUUACCUUCAUUUUUAAUUGUUAGCAGCUAUGAAAGGGCUUGAUCUCAGUAGAAUGAAGUCAGUAGAACGACUCCCAUUGAUUUAAUGGGCCUGGGAUCCUAUCCUAACUGAGAACUUCUCCAAACCCAUUAAACAAACAUUCCAUGUCUAAUCUGGUAUACGAAUCCUAUAGACAGUGGUUUUAAAAAUUCUGGCAAAACAUAAGACACUUCACUUUAAUAUCUGCAGGUGAUUUUUCAGAUGUCAGUGGAAUAAUUUGGUCAACUGAAAGCACACGUUCAAAACAUUUUUCCUGUUUGCUGAGUUCUGCUGUUAUUGAAAAGUGACUAUAUUCUUACCCAUCUUCUCUCUUACUGCUAAAUCGGCAUUAAAAGAAACAGAUCAGAAAACUAGCACUGUCGAAGUCUUGUCUUUAUUAGAAUAAUCCUAUGUGUUUAACAUUUUGCAAGUGAAUUAGUUACAGGUCCAAGAUGAGUUUGAGUUAUAACCAGUUAUUACUCCCAACUAUAUACAAAUUUUAUAUUUUGGUUGUGAAAGGUUACCAGUUUUCAUUGGCAGCUCUGUGAAUACCCAUUAGUUUUUCCUUGACAGGAAAGAGCAUUAAUAAAUUCUACCUGGAGUACCAAUA